CGAGGCCGUGUAUGACCUGUGGGUCAGGCGCGUGGGGAAACAGUGACCGAAGGUGCCACUUCGGAGGACACGUGCAGGAGACCAGACUCCCAGCCUCGCAGCAAGGCGGUGGCUAACGAAUCUCCCUCGGCCCCGCGUCCUCCCAGGUGACCACGCCGGCUUCAGGACAUGCUCGGGCACAGCCGCAACGGGCAGGCCCACGUGCCCCGGCGGAAACGCCGCAACCGCUUUGUCAAGAAGAACGGCCAAUGCAACGUCUACUUCGCCAACCUGAGCAACAAGUCGCAGCGCUACAUGGCGGACAUCUUCACCACCUGCGUGGACACACGCUGGCGCUACAUGCUCAUGAUCUUCUCCGCGGCCUUCCUUGUCUCCUGGCUCUUUUUCGGCCUCCUCUUCUGGUGCAUCGCCUUCUUCCACGGUGACCUGGAGGCCAGCCCAGCGGUGGCCUCGGCGGGGGCCCCUGCAGGCAGCAGCGGGGCCGCGCCGGCAGCCCCCAAGCCGUGCAUCAUGCAUGUGAACGGCUUCCUGGGCGCCUUCCUGUUCUCGGUGGAGACGCAGACGACCAUCGGCUACGGGUUCCGGUGCGUGACGGAGGAGUGCCCACUGGCGGUCAUCGCCGUGGUGGUCCAGUCCAUCGUGGGCUGCGUCAUUGACUCCUUCAUGAUCGGCACCAUCAUGGCCAAGAUGGCGAGGCCCAAGAAGCGGGCACAGACACUGCUGUUCAGCCACCACGCGGUCAUCUCGGUGCGUGACGGCAAGCUCUGCUUGAUGUGGCGUGUGGGCAACCUGCGCAAGAGCCACAUCGUGGAGGCCCACGUGCGGGCCCAGCUCAUCAAGCCCUACAUGACCCAGGAGGGCGAGUACCUGCCCCUGGACCAGCGGGACCUCAACGUGGGCUAUGACAUCGGCCUGGACCGCAUCUUCCUGGUGUCGCCCAUCAUCAUCGUCCACGAGAUUGACGAGGACAGCCCGCUGUACAGCAUGGGCAAGGAGGAGCUGGAGUCCGAGGACUUCGAGAUCGUGGUCAUCCUUGAGGGCAUGGUGGAGGCCACGGCCAUGACCACCCAGGCCCGCAGCUCCUACCUGGCCAGCGAGAUCCUGUGGGGCCACCGCUUCGAGCCCGUGGUCUUUGAGGAGAAGAGCCACUACAAGGUGGACUACUCACGCUUCCACAAGACCUACGAGGUGGCCGGCACGCCCUGCUGCUCUGCCCGGGAACUGCAGGAGAGCAAGAUCACCGUGCUGCCCGCUCCCCCGCCCCCGCCCAGUGCCUUCUGCUAUGAGAACGAGCUGGCCCUCAUGAGCCAGGAGGAAGAGGAGAUGGAGGAGGAGGCGGCGGCUGCGGCGGCUGUGGCCGCAGGCCUGGGUCUGGAGGCAGGCUCCAAGGAGGAGGCGGGCAUCAUCCGAAUGUUAGAGUUCGGCAGCCACCUGGAUCUGGAGCGCAUGCAGUCCACCCUCCCGCUGGACAACGUCUCCUACCGCAGGGAGUCCGCCAUCUGACCUCCGGGCCCCGCCCCGUCACCUCCUGCAAGAGCCUCUGCUGCCGGGGUGGGAUGCCAGGACCCCCCCCUCCACAUUCAGGACAGAGCCGACCCUGGCUCCAUGGACCUUCCAGAGGGAGGCGGGGCUUUAAAGCUGGGGGCCCCUCCCUACUGGCUUCGGAACCCAAGCCUGGGAAGGUCCCAGGAACCCUCAGCCCUGCCACCCCAGCUCCCCCAGUGCCUACGUGCUGGUGGCUCGGGGACCCAGACCCCCCACCUCUGCUCCCCAUCAACCCUUCAAGGACACGGCCCCUUUGUUCUCAGAACCUUGGGGAA